CGAUGAAAAGGCAACGGGGGAUACGAAGCCGGUGGCCAGGAUGUGCCAAGUGCGUACACACACACACACACACAUUACAGGUCACUCGUUCCUUUUGUUACUGCUUUGCUCACUUGGGUCAUGCAUCAUGUAUGGAUUCGAUGCAAGGCUGCGUGACGGUUCCUGGUAGGACACGUCGGCGAGGCAGGCAGACGCAGAUGCAGAGCGACAAUGUGACGAGUCAGCGCCCGAGUUGCAUACGUGCGAUGGAUGGAUGGAUGGAUGGAUGGAUGGACGGGUGCAUGGAUAGACGGACUCCCUUUGGUUCCCAGACAGUGACCAGAACAGGCGAACAAUAAAGUGGAGCGGGCCAAUAUGAAGGGAGAUGGUGAUGAUGUAUCUAUGUAUCUAUGUCUUGGACGGCAUACAUACACCGGCGGACGCUGUGGUGGAUUGGCUGC